AUGAGUGUCGACGCCAAUGCCAACGCCCGCUUCUACGCGGACGAGAACGCCCCCAUCUGCCCCCUCGUCGUCAAGGAGUUCUUCGACGCCCUCUCCGACAACGAGAAACGCUACGCCUACCACAUCGGCCGUGCCAGCUGGAUCGGCGCUCGCGUCAUCCUCAAGCAGACGACGCCGUAUGCGUCUGACCUGUAUGACCUGCUCCGUUACGUCUGGUCUGACAAGGACGGCAAGCUCGCCGAUCUCGACGCACUUCGCAAGGCGUCUGGGCUUGAUGAGCAGGCUUGGACUCACGCCCAGGAGUACACUGCCCAGGUGUUCGGCAACCUGGCCAACUUCAAGAGCUUUGGUGACAUCAAGAUCAUUCCUCGUGUGUCCGAGGCGGACCUGAAGAAGCUCGUCGAUGCUUCCGCCAACAAGGACAAGGCCGCCCCGCUCUUCGACAAGGUCAAGGAGGACAUCUUCUCGACCACCCCUGCCGCUAGCACCCUCCUCGGCUUCCCCGACCAGGGCCACGUCACGCACUACUACUCGUCAAACGUUACGCAGGACGACAUCAAGGCCGUUCAGAGCUGGGCGGAUGCGAAGGGUGUCGACCAGCUGAACACCCGUCUCUGGAAGCGCGACGACGGCAGCCUCGAGCUCCGCGUUGCUAGCGCCGAGACCAAGCCGGAGGAGACGGUCGAGCUCGAUGGCGGACGCAAGAUGCACAUCGUGCACGGCGACUACGCGGAUGAGAUGAAGGCUGUCGCUGAUGAGCUCGCCGCCGCGAUCCCCUACGCUGCCAACGACACCCAGAAGAAGAUGCUCGAGCACUACGUCAAGCACUUCAAGACCGGUUCGAUUCCCGAGUACGAGGCGUCUCAGCGCGAGUGGGUUCGCGAUGUUGGCCCGACCGUCGAGUCCAACAUCGGUUUUGUCGAGACCUACCGUGACCCUGCAGGAGUCCGCGCCGAGUGGGAGGGCUUCGUUGCCGCCGUCAACCAGGAGCAGACCCGCAAGUUCGAGAAGAUGGUCUCUCGCUCCCCCGAGUUCAUUCCCAAGCUUCCCUGGGGUAAGGACUUCGAGAAGGACAAGUUCAUGAAGCCGGACUUCACCUCGCUCGAGAUCAUCUCCUUCGCGACUGGUGGUGUCCCUGCAGGUGAGUUCAAUACUGUUUUCGAGGACGGCUUCAAGAACGUUUCGCUCGGCAACGUGCUCAACGCCAAGGCGCCCAACGAGAAGAUUACCUUCCUUUCUGACGAGGACGCGGCGCUGUACGACAAGCUGCGCGGCCCUGCAUUCGAGGUGCAGGUCGGCAUCCACGAGCUUCUCGGCCACGGAACGGGCAAGCUCUUCAUCGUCGACGCGGAUGGCAAGGCGAACUUUGACAAGGAGAACCCUCCCAUCAACCCUCUGACGAAGAAGCCGAUCGAGUCCUGGUACAAGGCCGGCGAGACGUGGGGUUCGGUCUUCAAGACGAUCUCGAGCUCGUACGAGGAAUGCCGUGCCGAGUGUGUUGCGAUGUACCUCGCGUGCGACAAGGACAUGCUCGCAAUCUUCGGCCACACGGACGACUCGGAGGAGAAGGCCGACGACGUCCUCUACGUCUCGUACCUGAUGAUGGCCCGUGCCGGUCUUCUGGCGCUGGAGCACUACGACCCGGCGGCGAAGAAGUGGGGCCAGGCGCACAUGCAGGCGCGGUACGCGAUCCUGAAGUGUUUCCUCGACGCCGGGGAGGACUUUGUCAAGAUCGACGAGGUCGGCGACAACGACCUGCGCGUCACGCUGGACCGCAGCAAGAUUCUGUCCGUCGGCAAGCCUGCCGUCGGCCAGUUCCUCCUCCAGCAGCAAGUUUACAAGUCGACGGCCGACGCCAAGGCCGGUCACGAGAUGUACAACCGUAUGACGGCCGUGCCGGACGCGUGGAUCAGCAAGCACCGUAACAUUGUGCUGGACAAGAAGCAGCCGCGCAAGCUCCUCCUCCAAGCCAACAUGACGAAGGACGGGGACAAGGUCGGCAUCAAGGAGUACGAGGCGACGCUCCCUGGCUUCAUCCAGAGCUACCUCGAGAGGGACAUUUGA